AUGGCCACCCAACUCCGAAAUUUCAUCCUCGCAGAGAUCCAAAAAUUCCGCCUCACAGCCAAAGAUGUCGUCACGUCGCGCACCUGGUGGUACCCAUUCCAAGGCCUCAUCUACCUCUCCACCCACGAACCCCUCCGCCGUCCUUUCCUCUCUCGCCUCGGCCAAACCAUCACCCUCGGCGUCGGCAUCACCACCGGCAUGUUCUUCUUCACCUACCUGCCCCAGACCGCACUCCUGAGCCUGACCAGCGGCCCCUGGGCCCCUAUCUCCGCUGCGUUCCUUGUGAUCUCCGAGUCCGCGUCCCUGACUACCUUCGUGGCGCGCUCGUGGUCCCUCCGCGACGACUUAACUGAUACGUUUGAUGCGACGCUGUUGGAGAAAGGUGCUGAUGAGCUGGUUAAAGAGGGACGGUAUGUUCAGCCGCGGGCGAGUGGGCGGGAUGUGGUGAGACGGCUGGGGAAGAUGGUGAAGGAGCCCGCGGAGAGGUUGAGGCCGAGGGCGUUGUUGAAUGCGGUGAUUUUGUUACCGUUGAAUCUGGUGCCGGUCGUGGGGACUGCGGUUUAUGUGUGGUUGCAGGGGCAGAGGGCUGGGCCGGUUGCGCAUAGGAGGUGGUUUCAGUUGAAGGGGUGGGAUGAGAGGAGGGUUGCGGAGUGGGUGAGGGAGAGGAGGGCUGGGUAUACUGGGUUCGGUAUCGCCGCUGUGUCCCUCGAAAUGGUGCCGUUCUUGUCGUUGGCAUUCGCGUUCAGUAACACCGUUGGGGCGGCGCUGUGGGCUGCGGAUUUGGAAAAGGAGGGGGAGAAAAGGUCGUGA